GUUCGCCGGUUCGAUUUUUUUCAGACAAGGUUUGAACUUUAAACUCUGAUCGACAGAAAUCUCGGACCAAGUGGAAAACGAAAAUGGCAGCGAAUGGGCUAAUGACGGCAUCCAAUGUGUUUCUUCAUCGUCCUGUACAUCCCCAGUUCUCGUUUUCUUCUAGAACGAGUCAAAUGGCUCCACUCGGCGUCAAAGGCCGUGUUAAUUUCAUCGGCAAUGUGAAUCGCUGUUUUCCGGUGGUUUUGUCGAUGGCAAAGUCGGAGACUUUCGAGGAAGCCGGCAAGUCCGUAGCGCCUGGUAACGGCAUAUCCAUCAUGGUGAAUGGAUGCAGUGGCAAAAUGGGGAAAGCUGUCAUCAAAGCGGCAGAUUCUGCUGGGGUGAAAAUUGUUCCUACAUCAUUUGGUUCUGCUGAAGAGGCUGGCCAGAGAGUUGAGGUCUGUGGAAAAGAGAUUCUUGUUCAUGGUCCUACUGAAAGAGAAAAGGUUCUAUCUUCGGUGUUUGAGAAGUAUCCUGAACUAAUUGUUGUGGACUACACAAUUCCCUCUGCAGUGAAUGAUAAUGCAGAGCUGUAUGGCAAAGUAGGAGUCCCUUUCGUUAUGGGAACAACUGGAGGAGAUAGGACAAGAUUGUAUAAAACUGUCGAGGAAUCGAAGAUUUAUGCUGUGAUCUCACCACAGAUGGGUAAACAGGUUGUUGCGUUUCUUGCAGCAAUGGAGAUCAUGUCUGAGCAGUUUCCUGGUGCGUUUGCUGGUUAUUCCUUAGAGGUGAUGGAGUCUCAUCAAGCUAGCAAAUUGGAUGCAUCUGGAACUGCAAAAGCUGUUAUUUCUUGCUUUCAGAAAUUGGGGGUGUCUUACGACAUGGACCAGAUACAAUUAAUUCGAGAUCCUAAGCAGCAGAUUGAGGUGGUGGGUGUUCCGGAGGAGCAUGUUUUGGGUCAUGCUUUCCAUCUUUAUCACUUGACAUCACCAGAUAAAACUGUGUCCUUUGAGUUCCAGCACAAUGUUUGCGGAAGAUCAAUAUAUGCUGAGGGUACCGUCGAUGCAGUGCUUUUCCUUGCCAAAAAGAUCCGGUCUAAAGCAGAGAAGCGGAUCUAUAACAUGAUUGAUGUCUUGAGAGAGGGAAACAUGCGUUGAACAAACCUGAGACGAUUUCCAAUUGGAAGUUUCAGAGGCAUUGACCAGGUGUUGAAGUCGUCACAGCUUAGCUGAUGAAGAAGAAUCUUGGUCUUGUAUUUGGAGAGGAAAUCCAAAACCUCUGAAGCUCACUGGAUUAUUAAGAAUCUGUUAAGCCAUAGGUUUCUAAAUCUCGAAGUUUAAAAGCAAGUCUACAAUUGAAAUUUGGUUUUUUUAGUUUAUGGAUAUUGUGUAGAGAAAGAUUAUGAUAUGUGUAAAGAAAAUAGACAAGUCUUG